AUGGCGGCGCAGGUGCUGGACGCGGACGAGUACCCGGACCAGUACCCCGAGGAGUACGCGCGCGAGUAUCCCGAGGAGUACGCGCAGGAGUACCCCCACGACUACCUUGACGCCAACGACUUCGCUUCCGAUUAUUUAUCGCAACGAGGCUCCGCUCGACGCGCCUCCGUGCCGUCGCCGUCCGCCGCGGGGUACCAGGCAGCCGGCUUGAGCACGUCGCCGCUGCGCUCCAGCAUGGGCGCGGCGCUGGGUGCUGGGAUGAGCGCGGGGCACGUGCGGUCGGAUGCCAUUGGGGAUAGCGAGGCGGACAGAGGGCGGCACGAGCGUGGCGACCCGCGACGAGGUGGCGAGGCGAAGCAAGUGCGCAAGUUCUCGUCGCUGCCCAACUACGCGGGCGGCACUGACGGCGCCGCGCACUCACCGCAGGAGGUAAUGAGCCCGCGACGCGUACCCAAGCCCGCCCGCACCGCCAUGCUCUCUGGCAUGGGCAUGGGCGGGGCGCCGACGGGCAGCUAUCAGGCGUCGUCGCGCGGCGAGGCGGAGGUGCUGCGCGGCGUGCUGGCGCUGCUGGAGGCGGUGCGCGACGACGACGUGGCGCGCGUCAACCGCAUCCUGCAGGACGCGCCCUCGCGCACCGCGCUGCUCCACUGCGCGCACCCUGGCACGGGGCGGGCGGCGCUGCACGAGGCGGUGGUGGCGGGCAGCGUGGACGCCGCUGCUGCGCUGCUCGAGUGGGGCGCCGACCCCGAUGGGGGGCACGCGUCGCAGAUCUUCCCUCCUCUUUUACCGUGUCCUGUUCUCGCCUACCCCGUUUGCGUUACUCCCCCCCUCCUCCCCCUUGGGCGCGGGCAGAUGCCACCCAUACUGCUGGCGGUGCAGGCGGGCAGUGAGAAGGCGGUGACGCUGCUGCUGUCACACGGCGCCGACAUCAACGCCCACGACGCGCAGCUCUGCACCGCGCUGCACUACGCCUGCGCUGACGCCCACCGGUACGCCUCCUCCACCUUCCCCCCCGCUUCCCCGUCCCAUCCCAUUGCGCCUAUCCUGCCUCACCUCCCCUUUCCCUCUCCAUCUCUGAUGCUCAGGGUUGUGAUAUGCGCCAUGUGUUUUUUAUUUGCCCCAUGUGCUGGAUGUGCCAUGUGUGUUGGAUGUGCAUGUGUGUUGGAUGUGCCACGUGUGUUUGGAUGGAUGUGCCACGUGUGUUGGAUGUGCCACUGCCUGCCUUGCUCUGUUUGCCUGCUAUCCCCUUACUCUCCCACCUACCGCUGCACCACACGGGGCAGGGGCAUGAUAAAGCUGCUGCUGGUGGCGGGCGCCAACAUGUAUGCGCGCAACAGCGACGGGCUGCUGCCGCAGCAGCUGGCCUCCACGGACCGCAUCCGAGCGCUCUUCUCCAAGCUGCACGACUACCACCACCGCCACGGCCUCCUGCCCCCCCAUGCACACCUCGCCUCCUCCGCCGCGCCUGCUGCUGCCAUGGGCGCUUCUCCUCCCGCCAGCCCGGGCGGUAUGGAGCGGCGCAGCCCGCAUGAGGGGGGGUUGCUGGGGGACGACUCGUGGGACGACCAAGUGAAGUUCGCCGUGCCUGAGGGGGGCGAGCGCGAUAGAGACAGAGACAGAGACCGGGGCAGGGCUGAUGGCGGGCGCGGGAGCAGUGGCCUGGACGAGGGAGGUGCGAGUGAGGGCAGGGGAAAAGGUAAGGAGGGAAGCGAGAGGAGUGAAAGGGGUGCGAGGAAGGAGCGCAGCGACCGCAAGUGCCAGUCGUUUGUGCCGCCGUCAUCAGGUGGUGCGGGCAGGAAAGGCGGUGGGGGCGGGGCGGCAUCGGUGUCGGAGGAGGACCUGAAGCUCAUCCGCGCUGACUGGCGCGCCGACGCUGCGCGGAACGGGUGUGUGGCGUGCGGACAGGUGCAGUGCGAGUGCAAGACCCGGCCCGAGAACAGAGGUGCUGCGGCGAAGACAGGCACGGGGGACGAUGUGAAGGCGGGAGGGAGCAAGGAGGGCAAGGAGAAAGGCGGGGGGAAGGAGCAGGAGAAGCAGGAGAAGGCGGGGCAGAAGGAGGCAGGGGGGCGGGGUGUGGAGGAGGAGGAGGAGGACGAGGCGGUGCCGGAGGAGCUCCUGCAGGACGACCCCGAGGUGUCCCCGCUGGGCACCAUGAAGUGGAAACGCGGCGAACUGCUGGGUGAAGGCGCGUACGGCAAGGUGAGGUGCUGGGCGAAGGUGUUUCUGGGGCUGAACGAGCGCACGGGCGAGCUGAUGGCGGUGAAGCAGAUGAAGAUCAACGCGGGCGACGAGCGCGCCAUGCACAUCGCGGCCUUGGAGCGCGAGAUCGUGCUGUACCGCCGCAUGCGGCAUCGGCACAUAGUGGGGUACAUAGACAUGGAGAAGGACCCCUCCGAUGGCUCCAUUUACAUCUUUCUGGAGUUCGUUUCGGGCGGCUCCAUUCACAGCAUGUUGGAGAAGUUUGGCAAGUUCAGCGAAUCGCUGGUGCGCGUGUACACGCGGCAGCUGCUGCUGGGGUUGGAGUAUCUGCACCGCUGCAAGAUCAUCCACCGCGACAUCAAGGGCGGCAACGUGCUCGUUGACCGGGAUGGCGUCAUCAAGCUCGCCGACUUUGGCGCCUCCAAGGCGUUUCAGGAGGGGACGGUGGGCGAGGGGUGCAAGUCGAUCCGCGGGUCGGUGUUCUGGAUGGCGCCCGAGGUGAUCACGGGCGCGGGGUACGGCCGCAAGGCAGACAUCUGGAGCCUCGGCUGCACCGUCAUUGAGAUGCUCACCGGAAGCCACCCAUGGCCGGGCAUGGACAACACGUGGUCGGCCAUAUUCCACAUCGCCAAGACCACCACGGGCCCGCCCACCCCCGAGGAGAGCAGCCCCGAGGGCCGCGACUUCCUCGCCGCCUGCUUCCAGCUCGACCCCGCCCUCCGCCCCUCCGCCGCCCAGCUUCUGCAGCAUCCGUUUGUGCAGGUGCCCGACACGCCCAGGGAUGCUCGCAUGGCCGGCUUCGGAUGA